GUAAUUAAGUAUCGAAAAUCUCUUUUUUACCUGAUCUCAAUUGUGGAAAUUCAACAGACACAAUGGAAAGCUUAUCACCAAACGAUAUCCGUCUGCAGUACGAAGAUGUGACAAUUCCGGCUCCUUGGGGUUUCAUAUCGGGUCGUUGGUAUGGCAAUCGUACAGAGCGACCGAUUUUGGCAAUCCACGGCUGGCUGGACAAUCUGGGAACCUACGAUCGACUGAUUCCGAUGUUACCCGAUUAUAUAGGAGUGCUCUGCAUCGAUCUUCCCGGACAUGGUAGAUCCUCUCGACUUCCAUCUGGAAUUCAUUACAAUGUCUACGACUAUGUGUUCAUCAUUCCGCGGGUAAUGAAGGAGUUUGGUUGGUCAAAGGUCUCUCUGAUGGGUCAUUCCCUCGGCGGAGUGAUGAGCUUUAUGUACGCGGCAAUGGCUCCUGGUUCAGUGGAUAUGAUCAUAUCACUGGAUGUACUGCUCCCCAGAAGGGUUGAGGAUCCCAGCAAACUUACUAAAGAUAUAGAGGGAUAUUUAAUCGAAGAGAAACGGCAGGCGGAUGGCACGGAACAUGAGCCACCCUCCUUUACCCUGAGUUCAAUGCGAAAAGUUCUGGCCAGAAAUAGUAAUAAUUCGGUGCCGGAAGACAUGGCCAAUCACAUGCUCCAUCGCCAGGUGGCCAAGUCCCAGAUGUAUCCGGAAAAGGUCUUCUUUUCGAGGGAUAAUCGGGUGAAGUUCUAUCAUAUAUUCGAUAUUGAAGAAGGCCUGGCUGCCGAGAUGGCCAGGCGUAUCAAGAAAAAACCCUAUCUGGUAAUCAAGGGGGGACUAUCGCCAUUUGUGGGUCCCCGUUGCGAUGAAACAAUGUCCAUUCUAUCGGAAGAUAAUCCCCACUUUGAGUUCUACGAGGUAAAGGGCGCCAAGCACCAUGUUCAUCUUCAAGCCGCCGAGGAAUGUGCCCGCUAUAUAGUGCCCUUUAUCCGGAAUCACAGACCUUCGAAAAUUAGCAAGCUCUAA